AUGUAUCUUGAUUCUUUUAAAAAUACUUUUUUCGUUGAUAUUUUAGAAUAUUUCAAUGUAAUACAAAUUAUAGAAUAUCCAAAUGACAUAUCUACUUCAUCUUCAUCUUUAAAUAAAAAAUUUUCUAAUCAAGACGAGAAAAAAAAUUCAAUACUUCUAAAAGACGAUAGCUCGAUAAAAGAUUAUAUUCCAGAAUACCAUUAUAGCCCGAAACUAAGUUCAUCUCAAAUAGAUAUAAGGCAUUCAGAGCUUUCUAGUGAUGAAACCGUUCAAGAUACAGAAUGGAUCCUCAGGGAUCCUUAUUGUGUUACAUGGCAUAAUGAAAAUGAUAUAGAUAACCCACAAAAUUGGUCAAUAAGAAUGAAAACAGUGAUGAUGAUUCAAACUUCAAUAUUAACUUGUGUCACCUAUAUGGGUGCCUCAAUAUAUACUCCAGGACAAGAGGAUAUUCAGAACGAAUUUAAUGUGGGCCAUAUUGUCGGUACCUUAAAUUUAUCUGUGUAUGUUCUUGGUUAUGGAUUUGGACAAGUAUUUUUUGCACCUCUUUCAGAAGUCAGUACUAUUGAUAGACAGAUAAUAUAUUCGCUAACUUUAUUAUUUUAUUCAAUUUUCCAAAUUGGAUGUGCUACCGUCAAUAAUAUUGGAGGGUUAAUUGUCAUUAGAUUCAUUACUGGAUUUUUAUCUUCCCAAGCUUUGGCAACCACUGGUGCAACAAUGGCUGAUUUUUUAGAUGCAAGGUAUUACGCUUAUUUAUUAGGUUUAUGGUCAGUAGGUGCCAUAGCAGCCCCGAUUUUAGCACCUCUCUUGGGUGCUUGUAUGGUUGUUGCCAAGAAUUGGAGAUGGAUUUUUUGGUUUCUAUGUUGGUUAAGUGCAACAAUUACCUUAAUUACCAUGUUUUUUUACCCAGAGACUAAUCAUGCUAACAUAUUACAUCGUCGUGCUAAGCGUCUCAGAAAACAGAUAGGAGAUAAUAAAUACUAUACAAUGGAUGAGAAAAAAAUGCAAACUUUAUCAUAUAAAGAAUUUGCCAUUACAAUUUUAUAUAAACCAUUUAAAAUAAUGAUCCAUGAACCAAUCAUUAUGGCGUUUGAUGUUUACUCAGCAUUGGUAUAUGCGGUGUUUUAUAUUUUCUUCGAGGCUUUCCCCUUAGUAUUUAGCGGUAUCUAUCACUUUACCUUAAUUGAACUUGGACUAUCAUAUAUGGGGUUUGCUGUUGGUACUGCUAUAUCUUACCCACUUUUUGCAUGGUUUAUUUACAAAUAUAUUAGUCCAAAAUUAGAUCUUCCGAGGUUUCAACCAGAAUCUUUCUUGGUAAUUAUCCUAUAUCUUUGUUGGCUGUUUCCAAUAGCUUUGUUCAUGUUUGGUUGGACAGCAGGAGUUCAUUGGUCAUUACCCAUGGUUUCAGAAAUUGUAUUUUGUAUUUUUCAAUUUACUUUUUUCCAAAUUAUUUUUACAUAUUUAGCCCUAUCUUAUCCAACUCACGUGGCAUCUGUAUUUGCUGGUAACGGUGUAGUAAGAUCAUGUUUAGCAGGGGCCUUCCCACUAUUCGGAGAUAUUUUGUUUAAUAAUUUAGCUACACCAAAAUUUCCUGUUGCCUGGGGUUGUUCUGUUUUAGGAUUUAUAGCUUUGGCAAUGUGUACAAUUCCUUUUCUUAUCUAUAAAUUUGGUGCUUAUUUGCGUAGUAAAUCAAGCUAUACUGAUUAA